AUGGGUAUACACUUCCUCACCUGCCUUCUAGCAUGUGUCGUUUUAACCCCCAAUGUGCUAUCCUUUCGUAACGGGAGGAUUAUCAAAAUGUACAAUUUGACGAAGGUUAAUGUGAAGCAAUGGGGAAGCGUAGGAGAUGCGAAAGGUAGAAGGGAUGCUGUGGCAUCGGGGGGAAAGUUAUUCUAUUCGAUGAACAGAACCCCAAGGACAAAUGUCAAAAUUAGGCACAGCCACGUCAACCUGUCUUUAAAAGAAAAAAUGAAUUUCAUUUUUCACGGCGAAAGUGACAUUACCUUGUUGGACAAACUGAUAGCCUCCACCAGUUAUAUUCUCCCCUUCAUGGAUGCUAUUCAGGCUUUCGUCAUGCCACUCGUAAAUAUGCUCCCCCUGUCGCUACACAAGUACCUCUUCCAAAUCGAGAAGCUAAACCAGAUGUACUCGUCCAUCCCCUUCCUAUCCUUUGGCACCUUCAUGGGUCUCUACUUCCUCUUCGUCAAAGAGAACCGCUUCAAGUUUCACUACUUUAUUAGGUACCACCAUAUGCAGAGUUUAAUACUGUCCAUGUUCGGCUAUGCGCUGGCUUUGUUUUAUUUCCGAGUUUUUCCUUACUCCUAUAACGACACGGACAUUUUCAAUCUGACCAUUUUGUACUCUACUAUGGCUAUCUACUUCGGAUCGUUGAUCAUUCCUUUCCUUUCGUGUCUGCUUGGAUAG